CCCUCCCUCGCCAUUUCAGCCCCACCUCUUAGGCCCAGACCGGAAAUGAGGUCAGAGAGGGAAACCCAGUCUGGGAGCUACGGCCCCGAAGGCGGCGCCGGGUGCAAGCGACUGCGGCAGCCGAUGUGGCCUCAUGGAUGAGCUGGUGCAUGACUUGGCCUCAGCCUUGGAGCAGACAUCUGAGCAGAACAAGCUUGGUGAGCUGUGGGAGGAGAUGGCCCUUAGCCCCAGACAGCAGAGGCGGCAGCUUCGCAAACGCCGAGGCCGGAAGCGCCGUUCUGACUUUACUCACCUGGCAGAGCACGCCUGCUGUUUCAGCGAAGCCUCUGAGUCAAGUCUGGAUGAGGCCACCAAGGACUGUCGAGAAGUAGCUCCCCUCACCAACUUCAGUGACUCUGAUGACACAGUGGUGGCCAAACGGCACCCAGCUCUCAGUGCCAUCAUUAGGGGUAAACAGCAUUCUUGGCCCGAGUCUGACUCCUUUACGGAAAAUGCACCUUGUCGGCCGCUCAGGCGAAGGCGGAAGGUGAAGAGAGUGACAUCUGAGGUGGCUGCCAGCCUUCAGCAGAAGCUGAAAGUGUCAGAUUGGAGCUAUGAGAGAGGCUGCAGGUUCAAGUCUGCCAAGAAGCAGCGUCUAUCCCGCUGGAAGGAGAAUACUCCCUGGGCCUCAUCUGGCCACGGGCUGUGUGAAUCAACAGAAAACCGGACUUUCCUAAGCAAGACAGGAAGGAAAGAAAGGAUGGAGUGUGAAGCCGAGGAGCAGAAACACGGCUCUGACGAGAACAUGUCCGAGUGUGAAACCAGCAGUGUAUGCAGCAGCAGUGACACGGGGCUCUUCACCAAUGAUGAAGGACGGCAAGGGGAUGAUGAACAGAGUGAUUGGUUUUAUGAAGGAGAAUGUGUCCCCGGAUUCACUGUCCAUAAUCUUCUGCCCAAGUGGGCUCCUGAUCACUGCACUGAAGUAGAAAGGAUGGACUCCGGACUGGAUAAACUCUCAGAUCCCACAUUCCUUUUACCUUCCCGGCCAGCUCAAAGAGGAUACCAUGGUCGCCUGAAUCGGUUGCCAGGAGCUGCAGCUCGGUGCCUCAGGAAGGGGCGGAGAAGGCUGCCUGGGAAGGAGACCAGCAUGAGCAGCCUGGGAACUGAGAGGAUCAGCCAUACCAUCAGUGACCCCCUGCAGACAGAAAAGAAUAAAGCAUUGGCUUCUGGUUUUCCUCACAUUUCUGCUUGUGCACGUGAGUUUAAUCCACUCUCUCCUCUUUACUCCCUGGAUGUUCUUGCUGAUGCUUCUCAUCGAAGGUGCUCACCUGCACACUGCUCUGCCAGGCAGGCAAGUGUACACUGGGGACCACCAUGUCCACGUGACAUUAAAAGGAAACGGAAACCUGUGGCCUCAGCAUCCUUUUCUAGCCCUAGUCCAGUGCACCCAGAUGUUCUGGAGCCAGCCAUCCCAACACAGAAGCCUCCUGACUCAGAGUGGUUGGACGGGACCUCUGCAGCAGAGAAAGUUACCACCUUUCCUCCAGCCACGUUUUUCAAAACGCCACAGGAAAAGAGUUCUGGAUGCAGCUAGAGCCCAGUAACCAAUGGGUGUUGAGACUUUGUAUUGUACAGUCUUAGUGUUCUGAUCGGCAGUCUUGGUCCUAAUGCCACAAGGACUGGCUCUUCACGCAGCAGUCGCUCUUUCUUUUAGAAACUGAUAUUUGGGGAAUCUUUUUUUGUAAAAUUCAAUUUUCCUUAAUGAGCAGGUCAUCCUCUGCUGGACUCCUUUCUUUGUUGCUAGCCCGACAUUCACCUCCAGCUGCUGCUGGAGAGCUGCUGCUCCUUGGCAGCUGUGUCUUUCUUUGUUCCUGAAAAUCUAGGAACAGCUUUUGCAGACCUUUUGUGUAGAGCUUUUAAUAUUGCUGAUGAAGUCCUAAAUUCGCAGCCAAUUGGAAACCCAUUCCUGGAUGGAAUUGUGUCUGUGCAGUAUGGCUUACUAUGGAGCCAUACUCGACUCACUCAGGCCCAGUGAGGUGCAUUGACCAAGUUCUCAGCUUGGGGCCCCAGAAGAGAUACCAGCAGGAUGGGUGGGGGCUUGUUCCCGUGCCUGCCCAUGGUCUGAGGGGAUCGCCAGUGGCUCCGCUGUACCUGACCUCAUCCUCAUGCUCAGUGUUCUACUGACAGGCCACAGAGGUCUGUCUGUGUGCUAUAGUGCAGAUGGGGGUUUAGGUGCUCAGCAAAAUAGUGGAUGCCGCUCUGACUCCAGUCUAAGGCUUUAUAUCCUAAGUGGGAUUUCAUUGUUAGUGUUUUUAGGUCAGUAACCAGUGAUAAGCAGAAACUCCUGCUCUGUUAUCUGUCAUGAAAAUGGUUGGGGCCAUGGUUUAGGAAGGAAAGAUGUCUUUUUGACAUGCCUUUCUAUGUGGUGUGUUUAUGACCGCUCAGCUGCAAGAUCAGUUGUAUAUAUAGUUGUGCCCGAAGUCGGUGCUACUUUGUCAAGGUGAGGAAUAAGUGAGUGCCUGCAGCUGCUGGGGAAGAGCCACAUUUCCCAGAAGUGUCAUCCAGAGCGCCUGGCAUUCAGGGGUCUGCUUGUCAGAGUGCUCUCUCUUUCCAUCAGCUGAGCGUGUUGCCUCUGCAGCACACGGUAGCAUUUGUUAAAUGCUCACUGCCUUGGUCAUGUAGGAGAGAAUAACUUCCUUAAGACAGCUACCAGGUGAUCCGUACCUCCUAUUCCUAAAGGGUAGUUAUCCUCCCACAUGGAGUGUAAUCAGUGUGUUCCCCUUGAGAGCUACCUUCAUUUGGGAGGACGCUCUGUGACUCCUUAGCAGUGAGGUGGGCAGGCGCCAGAGUGUGAAUGUUUGCAAAGGGGAACCUGCACUCUGUGUUUAUAGAUCUCAUGGAUGGCUGACCAUAUCAGCUGACUGUAACAAACAUGGUAGAGAGGGGUGCAGAGAGAGGUCAUAGGAUGAGGAGGGUGACACCAAAACCUGUCCCCCAGAGUCACCCUGGUUCUUACAAGGAGUGACUGACUGUCUUAUGGCGUCUCAGCUGCAUCCACAGAAGAUGGGGACACAUGGUUCAUAGAUGAAAGUGGAUGUGUGUGCCAUCGUGUUCCUGCAGUGGCCAAUGGAACACAUUUCUACUGUUCUGGGUUGAGGGAGAAAUCUACUGAUGAUGCUUUUUAAAUAUUUCCAAACUGGUUCAUGCAGACAUUGGUCCUGAUGAGGGCUUGUGGAGAACGCCACAGUUAAGUGCAAAGGUAUUCCCGUAGCUCUCCUUUGUGGUGCAUUGUGGUACACUGUCUGGUUGUCCUCUUUUCCCCGGGAUUUAAAGUAGCUUAUAUAUACAUAUUUAUUUAUAUUUUAAACAUCUCUCUGAGGCCAUACCAAUUUUCAGAGGUGAAGGCAGAGUUGCAUGCUACACUCCAUCACAUGAGUGAGGCCAAACUGAGACAACGCACGUUCAUGCUACUCUGCCCUAUUAGAUAAUCUGUUGUUUCGCAUUGGUACCCUGAGUCAGCCUGAGGCCCACACCUGGGAAGCGCUUUCAUGACUGUUUAUUAUCUUUGUUAUGUAUUUCUACACAUUUCUGAAUACUUUUGACAGGGAUUAUCCAAGAUUACAGCAUCUACCUAAAAUGAAUGGGAAUAAAGUUAUUUACCGAGAAAAUAGAAUAUUAAGCACAUAAAUUCUUUAUAAAACAGGGUCGUAAUUUAUGGUCAUUUUAAAGUGUAAAUGCAUGCUUAGGGAAGCCAUUUAUCCUGCUUAUUUUCUAUGUUAACCAGCUUCGGGGUAAACUUUAGUAUCAGUUGUAUUUUAAACCUUACAUUUAAAAGAAUUUUUUUAUGGCACAGUGGAUAAUGUCAUAAAUUAAGAUCUGCUUUUCAAGGAGAGAUGCAGUUUUGCAGUUAAGUUUUGUUGUCAGUAUUGAAGCUCACCUGACUGACCUUAAAGACGGCCAUUGAUUGUGCUCAUGCAUUGCAUAUCAUAAUUAAUGAAGCCAAGUGCCACGGUUCUGAUUUCCAUGUUCUGAUAUAUCCUUAUGGACUAUAUGGAUGUUUCUCUGAAUUUCACUGGUUUUUUUUUUCCUAUAGUGGACAAAAGUCACAUUAUCUACUUGCAUGAAGUCCAUUCACAAGAUGUUAGCGUUACCAAGAAGUUUAAAGGGAUCUGGACUAUUUUCAGCUGCAGCAUUUAAAGGAAGAGCUUCACUUGUUCCAACCCCCAGGUAGCUCUUGGUCAGAGCUGAUGAGAAGAGGAUCAGUGCUGUUUCCAUGGUGCUACCCUUGGAGGGCCGAAUACAGUGUUCUGAGUGACACGUGGCGGGGCCUUGAGUUGUUUAGAGUCAAUUGCAAUGAAAACUUUCAGAUGGCAUUGGCUCUUAAACAAGGCAGUUCUCGCAGCAAAUGACCCAAAGUAAAUAAAGCGUCUUAACUUGUGGUGCUUAUGAA